GACGCUUUCAUUUCGUUACAGGAAGUAGAAGGCUGUGUUUUGUUUAUGCCGGAGAUAGCGAUAAGUUGAAUGGGAAGGUUCAGUAAAAAAAAAUGAAGGCGUUGUUUCUGAAUGAAUAAAGGAUUCAGCUAAACCAGUUUCAAACUACAGUCAGUGAAGAUGGACGUCAGUAUCUCCGUGUCGUUCUUUCAAGACGAGCUCGCCUCUACCAUCGAGCACGCAGUGAAAGCGGCUGUAGACACCGUCUUGUGUGAAAUUACUAAUGUUAUCGGCAGCAAAUUCACUGAAUUCCAGAUGGAAAUGGCUGGAAAGGAGAGAGAGAAUGGCAGUCUGAGGCUCAGGUUGGAGAUAUCAGAGAGCGAGUUGAAAGCAGUGCGAGGAUGUAUGAACGCUGCAGAUGCAGACAUCAGACAACCUCGAUUAUUUCAAGAUCCCAAAGAGAGCCACGAUAUCCCUGAAUCUGAAGCACAGGAGAGGUCAGAGAUCAAAGAGGUUUACAGACAAGAGGAGUCCUUUGACCAGGAGUGGUGUGCAAGUCUAAUGCAGAUUACAGAGCUGACACAUGUUAAAGAUGAAGAGGUCCCUCGACUGGAAUGUGUUCCUAUUAAAGAAGAAUUCAUAGAGCAGGAAUCUGCCCCCAUCGCAGAGAAACUUCCUACUGAAAUUCAUGUCUGUACACUUGAGGAGAACAACCAGCUGGGAUCCAACCUGUGUGAUGAUCCUUCAUCUGAAUAUGAACUGGGAUACACAGCUUCUAAAGGAGAACACGACUCCACUCCAUCACUCCAGAGCAAAAACUCUUCUAGUGGCAAACCACAGCACAAGAAACUCAGAGAGAUGUCACCCCAAGAACAUGUGAAGACAUUGGGAUCUCACUCAGUUAAAAUCCCUUCUUUACAAGACAGACACCCACUUACUGUGAGGAGUACAGAGCCGACACAUUCUGUAUGUUUUAACAGUUCUGAAACCCAGGGCAACUUGAAGACCUCGCCUCAUUCUGUUAAAGGUGGGAAGAGUUCCUGUCAAUUAGACUCUCCUGAAACUCUCAUGGGAAAUCUCACAGGAGGGACUUCAUUGCCCUGUGCUGAGUAUGGGAUGAGUUUUACACAGUUAGGAAAUCUUCAGUCGCACCAGCGCAUUCACACAGGAGAGAAACGUCAUCAGUGUUCUCAGUGUGGGAAGAGAUUUAGUCGUUUAUCAAAGCUUGUAAUCCAUCAGCGCAUUCACACAGGAGAGAAACCUUAUAACUGUUCUGAAUGUGGGAAGAGAUUCAGUCAGUUAGGUGACCUUAAACGACACCUGCGCAUUCAUACAGGAGAGAAACCUUAUCACUGUUCUGAAUGUGGGAAGAGAUUCAAUCAAUUAAGUGAUCUUAAAAUCCACCAGCGUGUUCACACAGGAGAGAAACCUUAUUACUGUUCUGAAUGUUGGAAGAGAUUCAAUCAGUUAGGUGACCUUAAAAGACACCUGCGCAUUCACACAAGAGAGACUGUUGUGAAUGAGGGAAGAGAUUCAGUCACUUAGAAUGUCAGAAUUUCAGACACUUGGACACCUAAACAGGAGUAAAUUUGACUAAAGAUAUCUCUAGUAUCUUAUCACUUUUUAGGUAGGAGAUCACUAAAUGACACUUAAGAACAUUUCUAAAGAAAAAUGUUUUAGCAUUCAGACUUGUUAAUUAUAGGUUGUACUUAAUCAUAUAGUGAAAACAUUGUUUUCUUAAUGAUCCUCAGACCCUCAGAGGUUUAGAAAGGUAUAAUACUUUCAACUUUAGGUGGAUAUUUGUGCAGAUACAAGCCCUAAUGUCAAGUCGUGUCCGUCCGCCCAAAAACAUAGAACUCUCAGUCUGCAAAGGGUUAAAAAUUCAAUGGAUACCAGUUAAGCCUUUUAUGUAUCUCAUUCACAACUGAGAAUCAUGUUAAUAGUAAAAUUGAUUUCAUUUACAGGGGAUUUCUAUGAUGCGUAGUUUACACACCCUAGUCUCUGUAAGUCGCCUUGGAUAAAGGCGUCUGCUAAAUAAACACAUAAUACAGUCACGCAGAACGAUUUUAAUAGUGUGUCCAGCAUAAAACAGUUUAUUUUUCAUUCUAGCUUUAAUAAAGAUUAGUCACUUAUUAACAUGUUGGAAUCUUGUUUGUAUGUUAAUCAAAAAAUAAGGCUUGGCCAAUUAAGUUGUUUCACAGAAAAAAACAGUGAAUUGAAAUCAAUUUUACUAUUAACACAUUUGUCAGUUGUGGUUGAGAUACACAAAUGACUUAACAUGUAUCAGUUGAAUUCUUAAAGGAGAGUAGAAAAGUCUGGGUAAAGCAAUGAAAAUCGAAAGCCCUAAAUAUAGCCUUUAUGUUUGUUGGCUAUAGCUAAUUUAAUAUUUUAAACAAUAUUCCCCAUUAACUUAAUAGGUGUUAUUUCUAACAGUGCUUGAUGAACAUUCAAAAAUAAAAACAGAUAACUCUGUUUAAAAGUAAAAUUACUUUUGUUCAUUUUAAUGUUACAAAAUUAGGUAGGUUGAAUAUUAUCAAAGGAUUUAUAAUAACUCAUUUUGUAAUUAGUUAAAUGUGUUCAGAAAAUUAUUAAACCAUAUAUUUGAUCAUAAUUCUAAAUAUAUCUAAAACAAAGCAUGCAUUCAUAUAUUUGAUCAGAUUAAGAAUUCCAGAUAUGUUUAAACAAUGGAUUCAUUUCACAUUUCAGCAUACACCAUUUACAAAUUAAUCAUAUCAUUUCUGUGCUCCAUGGAGAUCCAAUAAAUAUGCAGAUUUACCAUACUUGGUUUAGCAAGAAGUUGAAAAGUCUCAGAAUAAAUUUCUGACUCUUCGUCAGAAACUUGGUUUAGCAAGAUUUUGCAAAGUCCAAAGAAUGAUUUUGAUUCUAAUGUUUAAAAAAGAUUGUUUUCCAUUUUUCUUGUUAUUCCUCAAACAAAAUCACUUCCUGGCAGGGUCAUUCCAGACACUUGCAGUGUUUUAGAAGCUGGACCCAAGCAGCGAUGUGUUCCAGGAGAAGUUACUCAGAUGCCAUGCUGGAGCUUUCAAAGGUCUCUCCCCCCGGUCUAGGAUGGAUUACAGUGUAUUUGAAUCGACCAAAUACCACAGUUAAUCCUAUUUACUUUUACUAAAUGUGAGUGGAUUUAUAUAUGCUUGUUUAAAACACAGUAAUGAGGCUGUUUGUUUACACUAGCAGUCCUUUACUGGUGCAAGUGGUCAGAAAUGCUGCAUCUUGAUUGGUUGAGGCAGUGUCCAAUGCCCUGUAAUGUUUAUAAUACAAAUCAAAAUGCAAGUCGGUCUGCUGUCUCAAGGUAGCCCACAGUAGAACUUUUGUUGUUCCUUGUCUGUAAAAGCUCUGGUAUAAAAGGUAUUCCAUAGCAAGCUAUGCUUGAAUUACUUGAGUUCUUGAGUUUGUCCACCACUUGUGUUGUAUAGAUUGAUGGCACCAAAACAUUCCAAAUACACUAAAAGAAUGACACAAACACAAGCGAAGCCCCUGGCACACAGACGCGUAAAGAAACUAUUCUGACAUGAUGGGGAAAGACACAUGUUGGAUAUAUUUGUAGAAAUUAGAUAAGUGCAUUACCUAUUACUAGAAAUUCACAAAUAAAAUGUGAAUUUGUAGAACAAAUGUUGUUUAAGAAAAUCAGUAUUUUAUUGGUGUUCUGGUACCCAGAUUUAAACAGGGGAAUUGUAACUUCCUAACUCGUAAUUAACACGUAAACUCCACAUACACUUGUGAAGAGUCUCUGGGAGAAGUCAGUGUCUCCAGCAGUGCUAAAUAUAAGCUUUCUGAAGGGGUCCCAGAAACACACAAAAGCUUUUUGUCAAGUUUGUCCAUGAGCUUGAGUGAGCCACUGUGAACUUCCCACCAUUCCAGUGGAUUAAUGUCCAGGCUAGGAAGUGGGAGUGCAUUGCAGCAGGCUAUUUUAAACACAGAGGUAGAGUUUAACUUUUCAUAAU